GACGUGCACAGAGUACUCUAACUUGUGUUUCCUCGCUGUAAUGGCAUUGGUUGGCUCAACAAAGAAUCCUUAAGAGCCUAGGCUUCAUGGAGAUGGCUUGUUAUUUUGGUCAGACCCUGUGGGCUUAAUGCAUUGGAAAGAAACAGCAGACCAUGUAAACUCUCCCAGUCCAUGACUCACUUGAAUGAAUGACUGUUGAUGAUGCAACUUGUGGCAGCCCAUAUCACGCGCCUCGUCAAAUUCCAUCUGAUAUUGAGACUUGAAUGUCGCCUCUCAUCGCAGCCUUAGCAGCUUUCUUUAACUUAGUGCCCCAGAAUCAUGGAACUCCUUCUUUGACAGAACAUUUCAGGUAAAGUUGUCUUGCAUAAGUGCAAAUGUGACGUCUCUUAUUUGUGUUCAUUUUCAUAAAUGCAUGGCUGGCUAGGUGCAGAUGACUUACUACUACAAUCUACUAUAUUACAAUUAUUGCAAUAAAUAAUUCUAUAAUUUCGUCACCUUCCUAAAAUAAAACACAAAAAAGUUAACCAAAAAGUAAAUAAUGAUAAUUUAGGCAAAAAAAAAAGAAAUUGUCAAAAAUUGACUCAUGCCAUUAUUUCAGGAAGGUGACAAUAUGAUAUAUUAUAUAAUAGUAUAAUGUGUAAGUAUAGUAUGAUAUAUUAUAUAAUAUUAUAAUGUGUAAGUAUGGUAUGUAACUAAUACAGUGCACCACAGGUGUAUAUUGAGAGAUACACAUUUGCGUAUUUGGUAUUUUGUGGUUAUCUUUGUGGGUAAUUGUACGUGGUGAUGUCUGAGGUACUGUUUCCUGAUGUGAUGCGAGUGUGAGUGUAUCUGUGUGUAUGUGAGCUCACUAAUGCUCUCGGCGGGCAGCUGAGCUGUGCUGGGCUGAUACAGCAGCAACAUCAGAAUGACAUCAGUGAGAAAGGGAAGCCAGGAGGCAGGGAGGGAGGGAGAGAGAGAGAAGGAGGGAGGGAGGGAAAGAGGGAGGGAGUGGGCAAGCAAACGAUUGAGCCAAACCAAGAGAGUGGUCCAGCUGUCAGAGAGCAGAGACGGAGCGGAGAGGGUGGAAGAGAGAGUGAGUGCGGAGCAGUGGGGCGAGGACCGGACAGCACUCUUUCAGCAGAGAGAUAAGGAGCCCUCUUCCAGGGAAGACUGCCUUUUUUUCUGCAGGAGAUAUUUUUCCUUUUUUCCUUGUGCUUUCACGCCUUCCCAUUACACCUCUCCUCCCCCUCCCUCCCCCUUUCCCUCCCUUUCUCUCCCCUCCCUCCUCCUCCUCCUCCCUCUGUUUUUUCCUCCGCGAGCGCUCCCCUCUGUCUGUCUCCCCGCAGCGCUCCGCUCCUCUGGGCAUGCUACAUAAGCCAAAGUAUGGCCGCUUCCGCAACGACUCGGUGACCUCCUCCGACGACCUCAUGCAGAGCAUCGCCAUGAGUGGCAAAGUGGUGGCCACUCCGGUCGUCCCGUCCCCCGGCCCCGCCGGGCUCUCGCUGCCCCCCCUGGACCGCGCUCGCGAGGCAGCCGCAGCUGCCUCUUCCUCCUCCUCUUCCUCGGCCCCGGCGCUGGCCGACUCGCCCUGCCUGGACGGGGAGCAGGAUGGCGUCACCACCUUCUGCAUGCUCAUCCCAAAGAUGCCCCAGUGGAAGUUCUCCAACUCGCUGCUCAGCCGCAGCCCCUCCAGCUCCAGCUCCAGUUCGGGCGGCAGCAAGGACUCAGGCAGGGGGGCCGCGGCCCGGGACGGCGUCUCGGAAUCGGGUGGAGGAGGGGGAAGCAGGGGCGCCGGGGGUGGCGGAGUCGCCUCGGGCAUCAGCGGCCCGGUGGCGAGCCUGGCCGCCGUCUUGAACUCCUGUGACCCUGUCUGUGUCACCCCUUGUUCCCUCCAGGCCCUGGGCAGACACAGGGCAUCCUCCGGCAGCCCCAGCUCCAGGGCUUCCAGCGUGGGCGCAGAGGCCUCGGGGAGCCCAGGGGCCCCCAGCGGAUCCAGGAGCGGGAUGAGCCGACGGGCCAGGCUGGAGGGUAUGUGGCUGGGCGGGGAGGAGCAGAAGGGCGGCUUCCUUCACAAGCCGUCUCAGGGGUGGUUGCACCCCGACAAGAAGAUCACCAGCACGGGGGCUACCUACAUUGUUAGGUAUAUGGGCUGCAUUGAGGUCCAGAAGUCAAUGCGCUCCCUGGAUUUCAACACGCGGACCCAGGUGACCAGGGAGGCCAUCAACAGGUUAUGUGAAGCAGUGCCUGGGGGAAAGGGUGCCUGGAAAAGGAAGACAGCAAACAAGGCUCUGCAGUCCAUCAUGGGGAAAAGUAACCUGCGUUUUGCUGGCAUGAGCAUUGCUGUCAACAUCUCCAUAGAGGGCCUCAGCCUCGUCAUCCCAACCUCACGGCAGGUGAUUGCGCAUCACCCCAUGCAGUCCAUUUCCUUUGCAUCCGGAGGUGACACGGAUACACCAGAUUACGUCGCUUAUGUGGCCAAAGACCCUGUCAAUCAAAGAGCAUGUCACAUUCUGGAGUGCUGUGACGGACUGGCUCAGAGCGUCAUCAGCACCAUCGGCCAGGCCUUUGAGCUGCAGUUCAAACAGUACCUACACAGCCCCCCCAAAGCCAUUCACACCGCAGAGAGAGUCAUCCGCACUGAGGAGUCUGCGUGGGGUGAUGACGAGGAGACGUCGGAGCACGACUACUACAACAGCAUCCCCGGAAAGGAGCCGCCACUGGGGGGCGUAGUGGACUCCAGGCUCCGCCACACCCCAAGCCACGUUCAGAACAGAACAUCACAGAUGGGCUCCCCGGGCAGGAGAGACACCGCCGUCGCCGCUGCCUCCUCCUGCUCCUCCUCCUCCACCACCUCCUCCCUCCCUGCAUCGCAAAUCUGUAGUGAACUGCACUGGGAUACAGAGACCAACGGCGGCUCAGGGUUAACGUCAGACGGGUACCUGCGAGCUGAUGGCCACCCCCCUGGAAGUCGGGACUACGAGGAGCACCUGUAUGUCAACACCCAGAACCUGGACAACCUGGAGAACGCAGCCAAUGGUGGGAGAGGGGUCCGGGGACCAGAGAGCCCCAAGAAAGAUAUUUUUGAUAUGAGGCCGUUUGAGGACGCGUUGCGUAUGCACGAGGCGGCGGGCGUGUGCGUGUUGGAGGAUUGCUGGCCCAGCCCACCACGUCGCCGCGCCCCUGUGGCGCCCACCGAGGAGCAGCUGCGCAAGGAGGCCUGGUACCACGGGCGCAUGAGCCGCCGCGACGCCGAGAGGCUGCUGGUGCGCGACGGCGACUUCCUGGUGCGCGACAGCGCCACCAACCCAGGCCAGUACGUGCUGACGGGCAUGCACUGCGGUCUGCCCAAGCAUCUGCUGCUGGUCGACCCGGAGGGAGUGGUCCGCACCAAAGAUAUGCUGUUCGAGAGCAUCAGUCACCUAAUCAACUACCACCUCCGCAACGAGCUGCCCAUCGUGGCGGCCGAGAGCGAGCUGCACCUGCAGCAGGUGGUCUGUCGCAAGCUGUGACCACCACCCCACACGCCACGCCACACCCAUCUCACACAGGUGACAGACGUCCACUCCUCCCAGUGUCUGUGAGAAGCUCCUCGUCCUAAACAGAGACUCUUUGCCUGCAAAGGCUUAACACAUACACACACACACACACACACACACACACACACACAGUACCUCAGCAUGGCCUCGUUAUAGGCUAACAAGUGCUGUGAUGACCCAUGGCCCUGUGUCUGCCUCUAAUAGAACAGUGAGACAAGAGGGGGGCAGAUAGUGCCCCUUAAUCAGACACACACACACACACACACACACACACACACACACACACACACACACACACACACACACACACACACACACACUUGGCUAAAUAUCUGACUGAUACCUGGUUGUUACUAACUAACUCACUGAAGGUUACUUGGAAAUAUGAAAAAAGUCUGUUUCUGGAAAUAUAAAAUCUGUUCCUAGAAAUGUCCAAAAUAAUUUCAUUCAUUUGUCAAGGCUUUUUCCCAUGACCAGAGAGAUUCCAUAGUGUAAUUAAAUCAUUAAGUCAAUGGUAAUAUGUGAUGGCUAUCAUGGUAGCUGCCUAGUGCCAUGAAAAUCAACGGAUUGAUGGACAUGACAUCAAUCAGUGAUCAAGAGACGCAUUCUUGAUGUUAUUUUUGCUGGAUGCACAGUACUUCUACAAAAAGUCUAUCCACAUUAAACCAUCUCAGGAUGCUGGCUUUAAGUUGGUUUGAGCCUCUUGGUUAGCUGAACAUGUUUAAUUUAUUACAGAGCGGAAUUUUCCGUUAUAUUAGAACAAAAUGAUAUUUUAUGUUAUUAAAUCCAUCCUGUGUUAUCACUGAAUCACUUCUGAUAUCUUCAGUCUCAGGACCAGACAAUGGAUAAAGUCUUUCUAUUAUAAUUUAAUGAUUUCUCUCUAGAAAAACUUGUCACCGUUCUGCUGCAGUCGUUCUAACUACCAGAGAGCACAAUCAUAUAUGUAA